AUGAAGGGCAUCUUUUUUGGCAUUUCUCCAUCAUCAUGGGAUUCUUUAAAGGCAACAAAAAGUUUGCAUUUGGAUGCUGUUGAAGUACAAUAUAAGCGAGGACAUCGGGUAAUUGUUGCUGCAAGUCCUCCAACAGAAGAUGCUGUCAUUGCCACAGAGCCACUGACCGAAGAAGAUCUCGUUGGUUACCUUGUUUCUGGUUGCAAGCCUAAGGAAAACUGGAGGAUAGGGACUGAACAUGAAAAGUUCGGGUUUGAAUUUGGAACCUUACAGCCCAUGAAAUAUGAGCAAAUAGCAGAGCUGCUUAAUGGCAUUUCUGAGAGAUUUGAUUGGGAAAAAUUAAUGGAGGGUGACAAGAUUAUUGGACUCAAACAGGGAAAGCAAAGCAUAUCACUGGAGCCUGGUGGCCAAUUUGAGCUUAGUGGUGCACCUCUCGAAACUUUGCAUCAAACUUGUGCUGAAGUUAAUUCUCAUCUUUACCAGGUCAAGGCUGUUGCAGAGGAGAUGGGUAUUGGAUUCUUAGGAAUUGGCUUCCAGCCCAAAUGGGAACGUAAAGACAUACCAAUUAUGCCCAAGGGAAGAUACGAUAUUAUGAGAAAUUACAUGCCAAAAGUUGGGUCACUUGGGCUUGACAUGAUGUUCCGGACAUGUACUGUUCAGGUGAAUCUGGAUUUCGAUUCUGAAGCUGAUAUGAUAAGGAAAUUCAGGGCUGGUCUUGCGUUACAGCCUAUAGCUACAGCAUUGUUUGCGAAUUCACCUUUCACUGAAGGGAAGCCAAAUGGCUUUCUCAGCAUGAGAAGCCAAAUUUGGACAGAUACCGACAAUCAUCGCACUGGCAUGCUUCCAUUUGUCUUUGACGACUCUUUCGGGUUUGAGCAGUAUGUAGAUUAUGCUCUUGAUGUUCCGAUGUAUUUUGUCUAUCGGAAGAAGAAGUAUAUUGACUGUACUGGAAUGUCCUUCCGGGAUUUUUUGUCUGGAAAACUUCCUUGUCUUCCGGGUGAAUAUCCAACCCUCAACGAUUGGGAGAAUCAUCUGACAACAAUAUUUCCAGAGGUCAGGCUUAAACGAUAUUUGGAGAUGAGGGGUGCUGAUGGAGGACCUUGGAGGAGACUAUGCGCAUUGCCUGCAUUUUGGGUAGGCAUCUUAUAUGAUGACAUCUCUUUACAAAGUGUUCUGGACAUGACAGCUGAUUGGACUCUAGAAGAAAGACAGAUGUUGAGGAAUAAGGUUCCAAAGCUUGGUUUGAAGACGCCGUUUCGAGAUGGACUUCUGAAGCAUAUUGCACAAGAAGUUGUGAAGUUGGCUAAGGAUGGUUUGGAAAGGAGAGGCUAUAAGGAAACAGGAUUUCUAAAUGAAAUGAACGAGGUGGUUAGAACAGGUGUAACACCAGCAGCAAAACUUCUAGACUUGUACCAUGGGAAGUGGGGACAAAGUGUUGAUCGUGUUUUCGAGGCGCUCCUCUACUGA